GAAAAACACCUCGGAUGUCUGGCGGUCUUGACAGGCUGGUUGCAGGUGACUUUCAUCCUGUCCCACAGCCCCGAUAUGGGCAUUUAUGUCCAGCUGUUCAAGGUGGUGGCGCUCAGGAUGACAAAGUUCACGGUCGUCUACCUGCCCAUCUUCCUGGGUUUCGCCCUCUGCUUCCGGGUGACCUUCGACAAGAACGGAGCCACCUUCGCGACGCCUCUCUCCUCCGGCAUCAAGGCCCUGGCGAUGAUGUCAGGCGAGCUCGACUACAACUCCGUCCUGGGUCAUCACAAGCCCGUCCUUCCGGUGAGGGGAACGGUCGGCCUCCGGGUGUCAAUUGAUGGGAGCUUAAAGACCCAAUCCAAAGGCAUUAGCGAGAGAUCCCCCAACACAUAUAUUGAACAACUACAAAUAUCUCGUUUGGAAGAAAAACUGGAGCGAUUUAGACGAGUCCCCCUGAAAAUAUAA